UUUGGGUAUUGCGAGCAUCUUCCGGUUUAUUCGCUGUCGGUACUCUCGCUUUCUCUCGACGUCAAUUUCUCAUUUUGUGAAUGGAUGUCGGGAUUUAAAUCUCACUGUGACAUCAAUCAACAUGGCUAACGACCAGUACACGUAGGCACCAGUAUAUAUGCUAUUAAAAAUGUUUCAAUCGCGGGUAGCUGAAUAAAAGUACGUCUGUUAUAAUGGAGGAUAUUUUCACCCAGCUGGCGAAAGAUGCCACGGGAAGCAAGCACAGACUCCUGAGGGAGGCGUGUACCAUAGCCUGUGAUACACUUGAUGCUCAGAAUAUUGCAAAGACAGUGCCAACAUUUCAACUUCGAGAGAUUUGUCUAGAACCAAUAAAGUUGGCUUUUGAAUCCAAAAAUAAUAAAAUAGCCAGCUUUGCUUUAGGAGGGUUACAGAAAUUAACUACAGAUGAAAGAUUCAAGUCAAACCUAAGUGAAGAAAAUGAAGAAAAUCAGAUGACAUCACAAAUAUUGAACACCAUUUCCAUGAUGCCUAGUUUACAUGAUGACUUGCAAUUAGAUAUUUUAAAGUUUCUUCUAAUGAUUACCUGUUCUGAAGUAUGUGUGAUAAAUGCGAAAACAGUUAUUAAAAUAGCAGAGAUCUGUACAUCUACAUUUAAAGCAAGUCACCAAGCUAGCACACAUACUGCUGUUAAAGCAACAUUAACUCAAAUGCUGAGCUCUAUCAGUCUUCAUCUUAAAGACAGACAAAAUCACAGGAAUGAUGAUGCUGAUGAUAUCGUAGCUGAAUUCCAUACUAAUGGUGCAAGCAGUGGUCCAACUCAGGCACUAUGUGAAGAUGUUGUAAAUCUCUUAGAAUAUUUUUGCAAGAAAUUAGAAAAUGCACACAAGUAAAGUCAGCAACUUGUUGUGUUGUAUUUGGAGUCUAUAUUAGCCAUCCUGAGCAGUUCAUCAGCAGACCUUAAACUUAAUGAUAAAUUCCUGAAUCUAGUCUGGCAAAAUCUUUGCCCAUGUCUAAUCUCUAUUCUUGGAAACCCAAAGAAUUUAAAGAAUAUUGUGUCAUCACAUAGCUUUGACAGCGACUCAUCUCGGGGUAAGGCAGACCAUGGACGAGGAUCUGGUUGCUCGGCAACUGCACCAGCUGUAAUGAGUACCGCAGCGAAGAGUAUCUAUGCUAUUGGGGUUGAGUUAUUACGGAUUGUUGGGAAUGUUGGAUCUUUACGACCGGUGUUAGCAUCUUUAUUUCAUAGAUUUCUACUGUACCCUCCACCACAACAUCGACAUGAAGCACUCAAAGCAGUGAAAGAUGUCUUAUGUAAUCCACAGCAUGUAUUAGACAUGGCAGGACCACCAUUGUAUGAUGUACAAAGUAUGAAAUGCAGCAAGUCAUCAAGGAAUUCAGAUUUGGAUUUACUAAAACUUUUAAUGGAUGGUAUUGUAGAGUCUUCCCAUAGCAAUGAGAGUACAGUUUGUCAUACCAGUGUGUCAUGUAUUGUGGCAUUACUGACAUCACUAGAGGGUAUCAGUCAGGGAAAGGCACUCCGUCAACAACAUAUCAUUGAAAUCAAUAAACAAUUUGAGUUAUUGGAUAUGGAAGAUAAAAAAAUAAACGAAGAACAAACAGAAAUAUCCACAUUAGACAAGGUAGCUGAUGGAGAUGACACUGUCAAUGGUGAGCUAGACACUAAGCUGAAGGAAAUUUACGAAGAAGAAGAAGACACGACAAUAGAGGUUGUUGUUGCCGAUGUAAAGCAUGGAGAGAACAGUCUUGAAGAAUCAGAAGAUGUCAAAGAUAGAAUAUCAUUGCCAAAAGAUGACAUGGCAGCUGACAUCACAAAAAUACUUCAAAAUAACACCCCGCAUGAAACUUAUAUUACUGAUGUAACUGGCAAAGAGCUUUGUGAUAUAAAACCAAUUGAAGAAGAGGUUAUACAUAAUUUUGAAGAACAUCAAAUUCUAGGUCAUGUAGAAAUUCUUGAAAAAUCUUCAGAAGAUGAAACUGGUAGUUAUGAUACACCAGUUUCAAGGCGACAGAGUGAAGAGGUUUCAACACCAAAAAAACAAAUUUCAGCUGAAGUUGAGAUGGAGAAACAGAGAAGUGAGCGACGAGAGGAGCUAGAGAGGAUUGCUACAUUGAAUGCUGAAGCUGAGAAGGCAGGUGCCAGGGAAUAUGUAAAUGAGCUAGUCUGUAUGUUACCAUCGUUGAUUCAACUCACUGAUACAAGUGAAGUUGAUGAGACCUUAUUGAGGUUUUCAUCCAGAUUCUGUGCAGUUAUAGAAGCCAAAAGAAGAAGGAAUGCUUUAGAUAAAGAAGAUUCUUCUAAGUCACCAACAAAACAUUCUACGAUGCCAAUAUUGAACGCUGAUGGUGUUUAUGUUGCUACAUAUUCUGCAUUAUUACUCAAUUUAAAACUUGUGAAGAGGAGGCAUUAUGAUCAGCCAAGUACUAUUCCCCUUAGUGAGAGUGAAUUUAUAAACCGGAUUCAUGACAGUGUUUUCUUAGUAUAUUUGUCAUCAACAUGGUUAACAGAGCUGUACAAUCUGGUUAUAAAGAGAAACUUUCUUGGAGAAGCUGGAUAUACCCCUCAGUCUGCACAGUAUAAUAAAGCUUUGAUUACGUUGCUCUCUGAUAUUGAUGGUUUAGGAAACCGAGAUAUUGGAGGUCAGAUGUUACAAGAUGCAAUGUUAUCCAAUCAACUUGCAUUGAUUAAAAAAACAGAAGGCCAUGAACAAGUGGUUGAAGCUGGAAUCAGAUUUGCUAAGAGAACAUUGAUAACUAUUUGGGAUCAGGUACUCGAUGUAUUAUCUGUUCCCUUGGCAACCAAAAAUAUCACAGGAGUUGGUAGUAUAGCAUUUCUUCUUGGAACUGAGGGUGCCAAGGAACAAAACAGCCGAGAUAGGGAGGCUAUUAUGAUGAGCUUAGAUGGACUGAGAAAAGCAGCAAGGUUAAGUUGUACACUUGGUGUACAGGAUCGUUGUGCUGUCGUAUUAACUCAGUUAGCCAAUGCUUCAUGUGUGUAUGCAGAUCCUACAAUUACACAAACUACAGAUCCAAAGAAGCAAUCGUUACGUAGCCGUAUUGCCCAAACAACUGGUAAAUCUGGUGUCAGGUUACAUACCUCCCAUGUACUGAGUAUGGAUGCAUUAUUAAAUAUGGGUCUAGAGAUUGGUAGUCACUCUCCUGAGAGUUGGAAACAUGUAUUUCGAUGCUGUGCAUAUGUGUCUCAACUUGAACAUAGUCAUUUUAGUAGUGGUAAUACCCAGCCUGGAUUGAGUAUUACUAAAGUUCAGGAACAGCAGUCAGACAGCCACUCUGCAUAUGAUGAUGAUGAUCUAAGUAUGAUUAGUACAUACACACAACCAGUACCGAUACAACAAACUGUUAAUAUACAUGAGAUUAUAGAGCAGAAUAAUGAAGAGAUGGGAUUUGAUAUGACUGUAACAAGAGGUGGUGUACUCAGUGUUAGUAAUGCUGCUAAAGCUGUCUAUGGAUUGUCUUCUGAUGUGGAUAGAUUAUAUGAAGAAUCUUCGUCCAAUCUUAAUCUCAAUGCUUUAGUUAGCUUCCUACGUGAACUCUGCAAAGCUUCACAGUCACAGCUAUUUGAGGGUGAUAGAUUCAAUCAAAAUAUGACUUUAAGUAAUCCCACUUUGCCCAGUAAAUCUACGUCAACAUCUGGCAAAUUAAGCAAUGUUACAUCAUUGCAUUUAUUUCGAUUGGCUGAUGUGAUGUUAAAAUGUGUGCGUGACGGAGACAGACCUUUGCUACAUAUAAUGCAGGCAUGGAGUGUCGUAGCACCACAUUUUGUUGAGGCUGCUUGUCACAAGGAAAGACAGGUUUCCAAGAAAGCUGUGGCUGCAAUUCAUGAUAUUUUGACCGAGUUGUUAUCAGCCAAGAAUGAACAAGCACAUUUCAAUUUUCAUGAAUCAUUGUUUAAACCGCUGGAAAGCAUGUUGUGUUUGGAAUUAUGUGAUGAAGAUGUCCAGGAUCAGAUUGUAUCUUCUAUAUGUGAAUUGGUUGAGGCAUCCUCUAGUAAUAUAAAGUCAGGAUGGAGACCGUUAUUUGGUGCCUUGCGAGCUGUGAAAGUGCACAAACAGAAGAUCAGUGAACAUCAUACAGCUCCAGUGUUUGACGUCUUUGAAGCCUUUUUGAAUACUGAUAAUGUAUUUGUGUUUGCCAAUGCUGCUAUUGAUUGUAUAUUAUGUUUGCUCAAGUUUGUGAGGGGUCCAGGUGAAUGUGAAUUGGUACUAGAAAGUGGAAAUGCAGACGAUAGUGAUGCAAGUUCUACUGUCUCUGAUAAAUCACUUCCUUUACAGGCUGUAGAUUUAUGUCUUCCAGCUUUAGAUUACCUUCAUCGUUGCCACAAAAUACUUGCUUCAAUUUACACCAUGCCAGCUUGUCCAAUGUUCCAUGGUGCAAUGUCAAUACAACUCAACAUAGCUGCAUUGUCAGCUGACUUGGAUUCACCAAUCAAAGAGUUCUCAAGUAGUGUAACAUCUGCAUUACGUGAUUCAAAAACAAAAAAAUUUACAGCACAAGAUUCAGUUGAGGAGUUACUGGCACCAGUGUCUAUAAGAAACAUGGAUGAUGAGUCUGGUAUUAUCCGAGUUUGGUUUCUUUUAUUGGAAGGAUUGACUGGUGCUGUGUCUACCUGUCCCAGGAAUUAUCAACCACAAACUCUCGAGUUAUUGUUUGAUUUGUUGAGAUCAAUCACCACAAUACCAGGUCCCCAGUUUGCAGUGUUUGCUGUAACCAAUCUACUGUUACCAAUGCUGCUGUCUUGGGUACGUCGUAGUACACGUAGUAGUUACUGGGACACAUCAUUGGCUAAUUUCAAACAUGCCUGUGGAUUGUCAGUGGAAUUGGUUGUAGAUCAUGUAGUCUAUUUUGUUACCAGUGAUAUUACCAUCAUUGGUAUUCAUCAGAUGAUUAAACAACUAUUUGAUUUAUUGAUUGAAUGUAUUGGACAACCAAUGGAGUCUAUAUCAAGACUAGGCUGUUCCUGUAUAAGACAUGUAUUACUAAAAGCAGGUCCUGUGUUAACAGAUGACAUGUGGACAAUAGCCUGUGAAGGCAUGCAGAAAGCUACUUUAGUCAGUUUACAUUCCACUAAACAACUGAUGGCUAAUUUCCAUCCUGGAUCUGAUGACUUCACUGGAGAUGUAGGGCAAGUUAAAGUGGCUGCAAGGAGAGACUGUAAUGAAAUGGAGGCUGAAAGAUUAAGACAGAUUGCACAGCAGGUAUUUUUACUAGAUUCCCAAUUUUCAGCUGUUGAAGCUGAUGACACGGAUGACGACAGGUCGUACAUAUUUAUAAUAUAUCCUCCGGAUGCUGAUUCUUCCACUAAUAUUGAACUUGUCAAAUCAAGGAUACCCUUUCGUGAUGUUGUAGUUGGGCUGAUGUCAAAUCAGAUCUUGCUACAAACUCUUGGUACAGUAUUACUGUAUGGUGCUCAACAUAAAACUAGUAGUGAGAAAGAAAUCAUAUCCAACACUGCUGUACAGUCAGAUCUUGAUAAUCAGGAAGCUGCAGCCAAAUCUCUUCUGCCAGGGUUGUUACCUUUCUUGUCACCAAAAAAUCUGUCAUUGUUGUUAGAAUGUUUCAUAGAAUCUUACAAAGCUUCAUGUGAUUUUGAUCAGAGGCCUGGGUUGAAGUUUCUACUGCAGAAAGUUGCUAAGCUAAAUGUUGCUGUGAAUCUGUAUCGCCAAACUGCUUUGAGCUUUACAUUUUAUCUGCAUACAUUGUUAGAGCUUUGUCACCAUGCUAGAGAAGAGAAUCUGGUGAUAGAAAAGGUGAGGCAGUCAGUUAUGGCAGCCUUGGAGGUAGUACCGGAUGAUUACAGUAAAGAGAUAGUAGGUGGGGGUGAUAUUGAUGGGAGUGUAGAGAAUGGUAUCUGUGGUAGUGAUGAUGUGUUCAAAAAGGAAAGAAGCUUAGAAAAAAAGCUUUCAAGUUCAGACUCCAUUUGUAGUUCUGGAGGAGGAGAUUGUAGUGAUCAUCGACGAAGAAGGCUAACAUUAGAACAUCAGUCAUCAUUGCCUGCUUUAGUUCCCGCAAGUUUGAGUCAUCAUCCUGAAGAUGAUGCCGAUAAGUUUAUAUGGGUUAUUAAACGUCUUGUAAGUAUCUGUUAUGAUGCAUGCUGUAUGUAUGUUCAGCUGCAUUUAGAUCAAGCUGAUGAUAGUGUAGAUAUGGAGAGAAUUGCAGAGCAGCCAUUGUUCUUCUUAGUUGCGCCAUUGAGUCCAGAUGAGCCAACUCAUAGGGGAAAGAAGUUAUUUAGCUUUCCUACUUUAGAUAGGCAGUCCAGUCGUGAUUCCAUGAGUGAAGGUAAUGAUAGUCAGAAAGGGGAUGUAUCUGCUAAACAGUGGUCACCAAAUAUUAAAGCAGGUGAUCCUAGUCGUUUGGAACAAGCAUUCCAAAUUAAGAAAGAUGCAAAAAAAUUAGAGAAGAUGAAUAGCCGAGAUGAUGGUAGAGUCUACACCGUAGCUACUAACAAAACUAUUAAAAGUUUGAUGCAAGAAUAUAAGAAGAGAAAAGUACACCACUCCAGAUCAACAUUUGUCAAGAAACCAACUUUCAAAGAGCAGAAAGUUGCACUUGAAGAGAUGAAAAAGCAGAAACAACAGGCUUCCUCGCCUGAAGAACAGACGCGUCAACAAGAGAUUAUAAAACAACAGAAAAAUGCAACAAUGAAAGACAGUGAGGCCCACAUGAAAGCAUGGUCUGAUAUGAUCUUGUCCCUGCUUCAACUGCUGCAGUUACUGCCUGAUGCACAGUUCAAGGCACUGUUACCAGCUACGUUCCCUGCUGUUAGCCAACUGAUAUGUCAUGUGACCAAUAAUGCUGUCAGACAAGCCACUAUGGAAUUUAUGGACAGGGUUGCUAGAAUUCACCAAAUUGUACCUUAA